AGUUCUAAUUUGUGACCCAAAGUCGAAGGUGUAAAGAAUCAUGUUGCCACAGACAGCUGUUAUCCUUUUGCUGUGCCUGCCACUAGCAUUUGCCACCGAGUCAAGAGAGGCAGCUGUCAAUGCCUCAACUCCCCGUACCUGUUAUAGCUGCGAGGGUAUCAACUGCCAGCGAACCACGCUCCAAGAUGUGACCGUGAAAUGCAACGAUCUGCUGGACACUUGUGUGACCGUUUUUGAGGGCUUUAUGGUAAGCGAAAAGGGCUGCCAACUGGAACUUUCCCUGGCGGCACAAGCCAAGUGCGAUGCACGGGACAUACAGUGCCAAAAGUGCAGCGGAGAAUUAUGCAACAAUCAAGGACGCAUUGACUUUCAGUGCAUACAAUGCAACGGGUUAGAGAAUGCCGACUGCAACUCGGCUGGAGACAGCAUCAGCCCCUCCCGAUGCCCAGCGCCCACUGCAAGUAACGCUUAUUGCUAUGUGAAAUCAGUUGACACACAUCUGCAAAGAGGCUGCUCCCUAAACGUGAAGGAGCAACAGAGUUGCCUAAAGGACAGCGACUGCAGCCUGUGCCUUCCAGAGGAUGCUCACGGCUCCACCGCCUGCAACAACUACGCGCUGGACAUGAAGUCUGGCGCCGGAAGAGGGCAGCAACUGCUUGGUCUACUGCUGGCUGUGCUCAGUCUGGUGGCCGUUCAAGGGUCCCACUAGCUGACUUUCAAAUUGUUCAACAAUCAAAAAUAAACAAAAUAAAAGCAAAAGUAAAUUA